UGCGCCGUGCUGGGGCGCCGCGGCCCGGCCGGCAGGCGGUGAGGGAGGCAUGGCGGCCACGUUCUUCGGCGAGGUGGUGAAGGCGCCGUGCCGAGCCGGGACUGAGGACCAGGAGGAGGAAGAGGAGGGCAGGAGGGAGACGGCGGAGGACAGGGAGGUCCGGCGGCAGCUGGCGCGGAAGCGGGAGGUGCGGCUCUUUCGAAGACAGACAAAAACAUCUUUGGAAGUUUCUCUGCUGGAAAAAUAUCCUUGCUCCAAGUUCAUCAUUGCUAUAGGAAAUAAUGCAGUAGCAUUUUUGUCAUCAUUUGUUAUGAACUCAGGAGCCUGGGAAGAAGUUGGUUGUGCUAAACUCUGGAAUGAAUGGUGUAGAACAACAGACACUACACAUCUGUCCCCUGCAAAGUCCUUCUGUAUGUUUUAUCAUCUAAAAUCGAAUCCCUCGGUUGUCCUCUGUCAGUGCAAUUGCUACGUUGCUGAAGAUCAGCAGUAUCAGUGGCUAGAAAAGGUCUUUGGUUCUUGUCCAAAGAAGAAUAUGCAAGUAAUUAUUCUCACGUGUCGACAUGUUACUGACUAUAAAACUUCAGAAUCUACCAGCAGCCUUCAUUCUCCUUUCCUGAAAGCCCUAAAAACACAGAAUUUCAAAGAGCCUCCAUGCUGUCCACUGCUUGAACAACCAAAUAUUGUACAUGAUCUUCCUGCAGCAGUUCUGAGUUACUGCCAAGUGUGGAAGAUCCCUGCAGUUCUGUACUUGUGUUACACUGAUGUGAUGAAGUUAGACCUGAUCACAGUGGAAGCUUUCAGGCCUAUCCUUUCUUCCAGAAGCUUGAAAGGUUUGGUUAAGAAUAUUCCCCAGAGCACAGAAAUAUUGAAGAAAUUGAUGACAACAAAUGAGAUUCAGAGUAACAUUUACACAUGAUUCCAAAGAUUGCUUUGUAUCAAGUGUGUUAUUACCUAUGCAUUCCUUCAAGGGAAGCAGCAGUAUGGUUUUGUUGGUUACUUUUUUUUCAGGGGGGUACUUUGGAGGUGUUCAAACAGAAUAAACUUAUUUUAAAUUCA